CGAUAACGAUAACAUCGAUAAUUAUCGAAAACGAUAUCGAUUAUGAAUUGUUGUUAGUACCUAUGACCUGUUUUUAAUAUAUGAUAUAUAUACGCAAAUAAGAGUAAAAUGUGAAAAGUUAAAAACAGCUCAUUCUUGCUGUAUUAAAAGACGUCCACUUUCAAAACAUCAGAUAAUUCAUACAAGUGAAUAAAUAUGUGGUCAUUUUAUCUUCUCUUUCUAGGUUAUGUUAACCUGUAAACUUAAUAGAUUUAGUAACUAUGAAAAGCGAAUAGUAUUGAAAAAUUAGAAAUUAAUCAAAGCAAAAGUAAUUUACAUAACUAUAAAAAUGGCACUAAAUAGAGAUCGGCGUUCAAACGCCGGAAGUAAGAUGGCAAAAUUACUGGAUGAAGAAGAGGAAGAUGAUUUUUAUAAAACAACUUAUGGAGGUUUUGAAGAAGUAGAACAGGAUCAUGAUUACAUGGAAGAAGAUGAAGCGGAAGAUGAAGUAGAUUCAGACUUUAGCAUAGAUGAAAAUGAUGAGCCCAUUUCUGAUACCGAACAGGAGGGACCUAAGAAAAAACGUAGGCUAGUAACAAAAGCUUACAAAGAACCUAAAGUUCAGUCUAAUCAAUUGCCAUCUAAAGAAAAGAGAGUAAGACAGCCAAGGCAAAGAACCUUUAUCGAGAGCACAGAAAGAAAAUCUAUACGUCGAUCUACUGCUGCAAAAUCAGCUGCGACACAAAGAAGACUUACUGAAAGAAAUGAGCAUCAAAAAAGGAAAACUAGAGUUAUAAGACAUGAUACAUGGAAGCCUACUCAAGAAGAAUUAUUAGAAGAAGCAUUGCAAACUGAACAGAUCAAUAUGAAAUCAUUAGAAAAGUAUCAGAAACUAGAAAAUGAAAAAAAAAAUACUAGGACAGUAAGAAAAUCGCAAACUGGUCCUAUGAUUAGGUAUCAGUCUUUAGCAAUGCCUGUUAUGAUACUUUCUGAGGUGAAUUAUGAUAAAGAAGAAGAUAAAAUUAAUGUCGAAGGAGAUGAUGAAAAAAAUGCAAAUUUGGAAGACAAGCAUCCAGAUGGGACAAUAGAUGAAAGUGCUGUAACUAUAAAGACAGAAAAUGGCAUGACGGACGUUGCCAAAAAGGAAUCUUCUCAAAAUUCCAACAAAGGCAAAUAUUACUAUGAACAAACAAAAGGAUAUUACGAAAGAACCUUCAUUACUUUCGAAAAUGAACAACUGUUUUCUGAAGCUUUCAAAAAACCUUCCACUCCAAGAUCACCAAUGAAACCUUUAUGUGCAAUUACUAGGCUCCCAGCAAAAUAUUUAGAUCCCAUGACUCAGCUACCAUACAAAAAUGUGCAAACGUUUCGUCUAUUGCGUGAAGCGUAUUAUCAGCAAUUAGAAGCUCGAACAGAUAUUAAUGAUACCUCACAAAGCCCAGAUUUACUACGGUGGCUCGAAUGGAGACAAAAAAAUCAUGGUGGUCUAGCUCAAAGAAACACAGUACGUCUUGAACCAGCUUCCGCGAGCAUGCCUAUGUAGUUUCUUGAACCAGUGAUAAAAUUAAACAAUAUCUGUAUCAUUAUAAUAAUGCAUUAUUUUUAUUUUUAUUAUUUCUAAAUUCAGGACUUCCAUUUAAGGAACCUUUAAUUUGUAAAAUAAAUGAAACUACAAAUAACAGCGAAAAAAUAUGUUGUAAAGAAAAGAGAAACUGUAAAUAAUCGCAUAAUUUAUUGUUAAGUGUAGUAUCGAAUUAUUGCAUAUCAUCUGCAUUGUAUCACGUGAGUUUUGAGAUUCUUUGUAUAUACAGUCUUAAAAUUAUGAUAAAAGUAGCGAUAUAUAAUGUACCUAUUUAUACAAAGCUAUAUCGAUUAAUAUCAAUAUUUUUCGGCUAACGAAACGAAAAAUUGUACAAUACACACGUAUACAUAUA